CAGCAGGAUCAUUAGAUAAUCACCCACAUGAAAGAGAUAAUACAUUGGAACUUUGUUUAAAAUUAGACGAAGUCCUUAAAAUCCUCAGUAAAGGUGUUUCAAUUAAUAGUAUUGGCGAGGAACUAAACCAAAUUUUGAACUUUAGGAUCAAACAACUUCACAAUGAAAACUCAGAUGAACUAGUAAAAACCUGCAAACAUCUGGUAUGUAACAUAACCAAAUAUACACAUAGAUCACCGCCCUUUUUGGGUGGAGAAAACUAUAAUGUUUACACGCUUAAUAUUCUUGAGUUGAGUUUGGGGAUUCUAAUAUUUGCAGGAGAAGACAAACAAUGCUAUGAUUUUGUUCAAUCUAUUUUGAAGACAGUUAUGACAAGAGAUGAAAGUUUUACUUCACCUCACAGUGAAAUCAUCACUCAUUUAGGAAAUUUAGAGUGUUUGUUAAAAGCUCUGAUAUCUGUGAAAGACAAGCAGAAAUUGAAUCUACCGGAAACACUUGACACACUGAGAAACAUCAACUUCUUAUCCGCAGUCAAAGAUUUCAUAAUUAAAUUUGAUGACCAAAGUGUUUCCUCUGUUGUACUGUAUGACCUUGUUCCUAAACUCAUCAAGGUCACCGAUGCUUCAAUAGUGUUCAUGCUAUGGACAGAUUUGAAAUCGCCAUUGUACAGUACCAACAUUACUCUUCCUGUAAAGUUAUUUGCUCUUUGUGGACUAUCAGAUUAUCUCAAUUUCAAGAUCAAUGACUCAUCCAUGAUAGAAUCUCUCGAAUUUUGGGAAAUUAUUCAAGAAGGACUGGUAUCAACAGAUACAUUGGUUAGGAAACAAGCAUUAUAUUUGAUGAAAAGAUCAAUUGACAUCAUUAGUGUAUUGAAUAUUUCACUUGCUUUUGACAUUUUCUCCUGGAAUCCCUUGAAGUCAGAUGUUUUACUGGCAAAUUGGCAAAAAAUGUUCAUGUUGUUUGAAGUUCUUGAAGAGAAACAAGCUCAUUUGGUGGUUCCCAUCAUACAAUCUCUUUUGAAAGCAUCUAGUUUUGAAAAUACUAUUGAAUCUUCAUGGAUUUUAGCAGCUUAUAUAAGAAUAUUCUCUCAUGAUUCGCUUCAGGUAGUUAAAGUUGGAAUAACCUGUUUUCUGGAAAUGAACAUUGAGUUUUUUCUAAGUAUUUCUUCUUGCACAUUAGUAAUUGAAAUAUUAUUUGAAAAGCUUAACAACACACUUCUCUUCAGCAACCCUUCAAACACUGUCGACUGGUCACACAUCGACAUCUCAUUGAGAAAAUGGUUCUCAAAUUUAUCAUCCGACUACAAGCUUUGUAACACGUUUAUACCUGUUAUUACACAUGCGUUGACUAAAGUCCAGUGGUGUGCAAUACCUUUGUUUCAUCUUCUUUAUGAUUUAUCUCUUGCACCUGCUAGUAACAUUUUCAGUGAGGAAGAUUUGACAAUCCUUAGUCACUUUAUCAAAGAAGUAAUAAAAACUCAAAACAUCUUUAUAAGAGGCGCAGUGCAGUGUGUAAUGUUAAAAGUCUUAGCAAAAUGGACCAAGAGUUCUGACGUCGCCCUAGUGAAUGUUAUUGCUGUAUUAAGUCUUUUUCGACAAAAAGAGUGUUUCAAAAGAGGGUUAAAUUCAUGGGAGAUAAGCAAAGAAUGGAUUACUUCUUUUAAUUGCAAAAGUGACGAUAUAAUUGACAUUUUAUUCCUGGAUGAAAAUCAUCUAUCAAUUGAAGCCAAAGCACGGAGCUUAGUUUUAUUUCUUGAUUCAGGGCUGAUUGAUCCAUAUGAAACUAAAUUCCUCAAAGCAUUUAAGGAAUACUUCAUGGUUUUAGAGGACACAUUCAAGAGGCCGUACGCUUCUACAGAAGAAAGUGAUAAGUGUUUAAAACUAGUUUUUCAUAUUUUGAGUGAAUCCAAAGUUGGUUCUAACUCACAAGAAGCGUUCCAGCAUUACGUUUUGAUAAUCAAUAGUCUUAGUCCCUAUCUGAAAGAGGUGAUUUCUUAUAUAGAAAAGAGAUUGCUCGAAGUUGAUCAAAUUACAAAUUUUGAAAACAUCGAACUGUACAUUAGUGUUCUUCAAGUAUUUUCUGACAUGCAGCUCAUUACAUUUGAAAAAGCCAUUCAUCUGAAUAGAAUUUCAAAAGAAUUAUGUUUUGCCUCAAAAAAUCAUCCGGUUCAAAAACUUCUAGCUCUUAAAGUUAUACUUUGGUUUAUAACAUUUGAAACAACUCUUGAACAAAAAGCUGUCAUAGUUGAACAAGUUAAGGAACAUUGUUUAUCAAUCUUGGAGGAUGGUCAUCUCAAGUCAAACAUCUUCAGCAAGAGUAAAAGUGAUGAGUUGCUAUCAAGAAACCAUCAGGUGCAGUGGGGCUGGUUACUCUCGGAAUACACUAAGGCUCUUUGGUCAAAUGUUCAAGAGUGUUUAGAUGGAAAUAUCGUGAGCAUUGAAGAAAUACUACAAAUUACAUCAGCAGAAGAUAUCAUUCAAUUAUCUACAAACGCCAUAGAAUCUGGAGGACGGGAAUCUUUAGUUCCAGUUUUAAAAGUUGUGAAAUAUUUAAUUCCAGAAGCAUUAAAAGACCCUGUUUUAUGCAAACAAUUUCUUCGGUUUUCAUGGAAGUCUUGUUGUGAACUUAGAAAAAUUGCCUUAUUUUGGCCUUCGAUCAAAGCUUGGAUUACAUUAACUUUCAGUAAAAAGGUUAUUGCUACUGAGGCCAUGAGGAGCAUUAUUAAUGAAUUUGCAGAAGAAAUAUUGAGUGAAGGAGAGACUGUUAAUGGGUUGAGUAAUGUUUUACUUUCUCAUUUACGACAUGAACUUACCGAUCUUGAAUCCGUCAAACCACUUCUCUCGUUAUUGACAAAAGCUUUGAUUUUUGGACAAGUACCAAGAAAAGAUCAGAGGAUUGAAGCUGACACUUAUACAUUAAUUGGAAAUCUAGGAUCAGAACUUGCCAUAAAUGAUUUGAUGCCAAAGCCAGGCUACGGAAACAGUCAGCAAGUAAGGCUCUAUGCCUUGUCAGUUCUACUUGGUGUGGCCAAGCAAGACGGCGCCGAUCAGCUGAUUGUUUCAGCUGUGAACCAGCUGAUUGAUGUGGACCGGCAGCUGACAGCUAAGCGCCAGAGGUACCAUGGUGAUUCACUGCACCACCGAGUCAAGCAUCGGAUUCUACAAGCUGUCCUGGUACUGCAUCAAGCAUUGGUCCUCUGUGGCACCCCGGCCACUGAGAGUUGUCUGGUAGAGAUAGUGAAGUUCGCCAGCGCAGCGCUGCAGGGAGAAAGUCAACAGCCCAGUGUACGUUAUCAGCUGGAGUGGCUGCUAGUUCGAGCACUACUCAGUUCCCCUCAGUUAAUAGACAGCUUCUGGACGUUGUUCAAUGAGGCUAGUGAGGAGCGUACAGGCAGUGUUUGUUCGUUCAUCUCAGUGGCGUACCACUUGGCAGCGUGUCUGCGCCGGACAGACUUUACAGAGCGAUGUGUCUCAGAGGUGCUCCCGUGGUGUAUGGCGCAGCAGUUCAACAUAAGGUUGUAUGCGCAGGUUGUGCUGGACAAACUGUGGCCGCUCGAUGCUGGAGUUACAGCUAAGUACGAAGUUGUCAGAUUCAGUCUCACUAAAAGCUUGAAACAAGGGAACACGUUGCGCAAUGCUGAAAAACUCAAAAACGACUUUUACUUCACAAUGUUCCAUCCACUUCGGCACUUUACUCUUGAGACCAUCUUCAUGGAACUGCCAAGACUGUCGAACAUUUCCAGAGACGAAUGGAUUCCGUUACCUACAAUUGAAGAUUCUCUAUCAAAUUAUAAUCCAUUCAUAAAGCUUAGAAACCCAGAUGAUUCUUUAACUCAGUUCAUUCCUCCUUCAUGGGUAGCAAAAGCAACAGCCGACGCAGAAGUUGAGGUUGAAGCGCUCGCGAUGCAAAAGAAAUUUGUUCCUUGGAAAAACAUGUUUCCCGAGAUGGAGGGUGUGUCCAGCCGGACUCAAUUGAUUGUGGUGGCGUCACUGAUUGACAAGUUGCCUAACCUGGGAGGAUUGACUCGUACCUGUGAGAUAUUUACUGCCGAGUGUUUGGUAGUGCCCAGCCUGGAGUUUACCAAGGAUAAGAUGUUCUCCACACUCAGCAUGACUGCCGAGAAACACAUCAACAUUGUUGAGGUGAAACCGUUUGAUUUACCAAAAUUCUUGAGGGAGAAAAAGAAUGCCGGCUACACACUGGUGGGUGCAGAACAGACUGCUUCGAGUGUUUCCUUGCAGUCUUUCAAGUUUCCCAAGAAGUGUCUCUUAUUGUUGGGGAAUGAGAAGGAAGGAGUACCUGUGAACCUACUGCCGCUGUUGGAUGUUUGCGUGGAGGUGCCACAGUUAGGAGUGGUCCGAUCACUGAAUGUCCAUGUCACAGGAGCAUUGUUUGUCUGGGAGUAUACCAAGCAAUACCUUGAGGGUACAUCUUGACAACCUCAGUAGUAAAUGAGCGGGAACUGACUAGUGUUUCCCAACCUUAUUCCUUGGUGUUCCACUUAACAAGGCAACAAUCUGUUGCGUACCACAUAAUCAGUCUGUUGUUAAUUAAUAACGGAAUAUUAACAUGGAACUAACUAACCUAUUUUCCAAACACAAGUAGGAACUUUU